AGCAUAUUCCGCUCCUAAACACCGUCAGGAAGUUCUUCCUUAUGUUCAGGAGGAAUCCCUUUCAUCCGUGGCUCCAUUGUGUCCCAGUCUCUGGAGCAGCAAAAAAACAACCUUGCUCUUGGGUUGCUGUGAGUGUUCCGGGCUGUAUGCCCAUGUUCCAGAAGCAUUCUCUCCUGACAUUUCCUCAGAGGUUGUGAGGUCUGUUGAAAACUAGGCAAGAGGGGUUUAUAUAUCUGCCAAAAGUCCAGGGUGGAAGAAAGUCUGUUGGAGGAAAGUAUUGAUGUAGCAAUUGAUCACCUUGAUUAGCAUCAAAUACAGAACAACGCAGAAGAAAACAGGAGAAUUCCAGACAGAAAGCAAUCAGGACCAGCUAACACCUCCUAACAAAGGAUUCCCCCAGGCAGUAAGCAGCCAGUCCUUGAAGCUGCAAAGCCAUUCAGUGCUAAUCAAGCUGGCUAAUUGCAACAUUCCCACUUGCCUCCAACAGACAAGAGUUCUUUCUCCCACGUUCAGCAUUAUUACACAGAUACAGUAGUCUCACUUAUCCAAGCUAAACGGGCUGGCAGAACCUUGGAUAAGUGAAUAUGUUGGAUAAUAAGGAGGGAUUAAGGAAAAGCCUAUUAAACAUCAAAUUAGGUUAUGAUUUUACAAAUUAAGCACCAAAACAUGUUAUACAACAUAUUUGACAGAAAAAGUAGUUCAGUGCACAGUGAUGCUAUGUUGUAAUUACUGUAUUUACGAAUUUAGCACCAAAAUAUCACAAUGUAUUGGAAACAUUGACUACAAAAAUGCCUUGGAUAAUCCAGAACCUUGGAUAAGCAAGUCUUGGAUAAGUGAGACUCUACUGUAUAUAAACCCCACUUGCCUCGUUUUCAACAGACCUCACAACCUCAGAGGAAAUGUCAGGAGAGAAUGCUUCCGGAACAUAGCCAUCCAGCCUGGAGAACUCACAGCAACCCAGUGAUUCUGGCCAUGAAAGCCUUCAACAACACAAGCUUGCUUUUCCUCCUCAGUGGGCCCUCCUUUGCGAUAUGUCAACCUGGCUCCCGUGCCCCCUUCUUUCAGCCUCCUCUUCUCCAGGUUAAACAGACCCCUCUCCCUCAGCCAUUCCUUGCUUUCCAGACCUUUGGCCAAUUCAGUCACCCUUCUCUGACCCCGUCCAUCUUGUCCAUCUCCUUGAAUGGUUCUGCCCAGAACUGGACACAGGGUUGUUAUUCCGGGUGAGAAGGUCUUGGAAAAUUAACUGUACCCAGUCUCUGGGCACAUAUUUGUUUGGCAAAUGCGAAUCUCCAUGAACAUGUGGAGACCACCUUUUGAAAACCUCUAGUCAAAGAAAGGCAUGACCUUGUUAGAAGCCAACUCUUUGAACAAGUGAUAUUCACAAGCAUUCAUGUAAUGGCACACAGGGAACUCAACUGUUAGAAAUUGCCCAAAAGAUAUACACUCCCUUGAAACCUUUUAGUUUAAGAUAUGCACUCAGAGAUAAAAAACAAAAUCUUCUUUGAAAAAUAUAAUAUCUUGUUUACUCUUAAACAUCUUGUAUUAAUUCACCAUACAGGCACAUUUCUUAUUUAAGUUUAGUUACAGAUAGGAUGGUAGCUUCUCUGUGUUCACAAGGUAUCAUUUUUAAUCAAUAGUCUGCAGUCUUUAGGUAUAAUUGUAUGCACUGAAGUCCAUAAGCAUACUUCUAUAUUAAAAUCCAAAUAGCAACAUGCAUCCAUCUCCACUGAGGUGUAAAGCAGACUGACUACAAAAUGGAGUCCUGAGUCUGAACAUGCUCGGUACAAUCACACGUCUAUAAUCCCACACCAAAGAGGUACAAUCAAACUGGUAAAUCAAUAUACACAUAGAAUACUGGUUAGCAAAUAUAUGCAUUAACAAAUAGAGACAUAGGAGGUUGCUAUUUCUAACAAAGUCUCACCAAAGCAUAAUAAAGUGGGACCGUUCCUUCCCAUGAUCUAUUCCAGGCAUGGGCAAACUUGGGCUCGCCCUCCAGGUGUUUUUGGAAUUCAACUUCUACCAUUCCUAACAGCCUCAAGAGUCAACAAACAGCCUCAGGCCGCAUGUGGCCCACCUCUGACCUGGAAUUGCACUUUCGUCCUCCAUGGUCCUUGUCAGAGUAUUUGCAGCGCAGCAGUAGUUGGAUGGGAGCAGUGGAGCGCAGAACGAAAAGACACUCAGAGACGUUGGUAAAACUAUUUACAAAGUUUUACUGUAUCAACACAAACAGACUUACAGUCAACAGAUGGACACAGGACUUGACUCAAACUCUGGGCAGACAGAACUCGACAGAACUGACACAAUCAGUUUGCACACACACUUAUGUCUGGAUACUCCCUAGUUCCAGCCACACAUCAAGGUCAUCAUAGCUUCUUAGCAAUUAACUCUUUCCACACUAUGGUACAUUCUGAAUGAGGCAAUCAGUAGCAAUACAAGCAUGGCACAAAUUGCAUUUAAACACUAUCAGUACACAAAUCCCACAUUAACAGUCCUCACCAUUAGACAUUCAGUACAACCACUGCAUAGGAAGGGCCUUUUUAAGGACAGGUCGUUACAAUUGUUCCUCUAAUAAGAACCACCGAAUGAAGUACAAUCGUAGAAUUCACAGUCAUAGAUUUGGAAGAGACCCCAAAGGCCAUCCAGUCCAACCCCCUUCUGCCAUAAAGGAAAAACACAAUCAAAGCACUCCUUUUAGAUGGCCAUCCAGCCUCUUUAAAAGCCUCCAAAUGAGGAACCUUCAUCAAACUCCGAGGGAGAGGUUUCUGCGAGUGAACAGCUCUUCUUGCAGCCGGGAAGUUCUUCCGAAUGAAUGUUCAGGGGGAAUCUCCUCUCCUGCCAUUUGAACCCAUGGCUCCAUGGAGUCCUAUUUAUUUUUUUAUUUUAUUUACAGUAUUUAUAUUCUGCCCUUUUUUCUCACCCCGAAGGGGACUCAGGGCGGAUUACAAUGAACACAUAUAUGGCAAACAUUCAAUGCCAACAGACAAACAACAUACAUUAGACAGACUCAGAGGCAUUUUUAACAUUUUUCCAGCUUCACGAUUCCGGCCACAGGGGGAGCUGUUGCUUCACCGUCCCGUAGUGGCUGUACUUCCUCAUUCCUUUCCUUGUGUUUUGCUGGCAGUUUUAUGGUGUUGUAAAUUAGUUAAAUUAGCCUCCCGCAUAAAGCGUCCCUAAAUUUCCCUAAUUGACAGAUGCAACUGUCUUUCGGGGCUGCAUAGGUCAACAGCAAGCUGGGGCUAUUAAUGGUCGGAGGCUUAACCCUACCCGGGCUUCGAACUCAUGACCUCUCGGUCAGUAGUGAUUUAUAGCAGCUGGUUACUAGCCAGCUGCGCCACAGCCCGGCCCGGCUACCUCUGGCGUCUAUCUAUUUGCAUAAUAAACGAUGAUUGGAUGGAUGUAAUGUUUCUAAGAAGCAUAACAUAUAUGGAUGUGCAUGUCCUAUCAAAAAUCCUACAGUAACAAAAGACAUUUAUACCUCAUUAUUCAAAAGGAUGCCCCUGUCCCUAAUGGUUAAUGAAUAUUAUAAUGGAGCAGAAGGGACACUCCUGUAUUUCUAGUGCAAAAACAUGCCUUAGUUUGAAUAUGGAUUGCACUGCAGAGCCCAGGCAGCGCAGGCAGCUGUUCUUGCAUCAUUGACCCAACAACAACAACUGCAGUUUCUGAAAAGUGCCAACAAUGUCUAAAGCCACACUCGUUUCCCAUCACCAGGGCUGGGGAUCCCUUGGUGGCCCAAUCUUCUUAGAAUCAUAGAAUCGUGGAAUCCUGAGUGGGAAGAGACCUUGUGGGCCAUCCAGUCCAACCCUGUUCUGCCAAGAAGCAGGAAAAUCACAUUCGAAGCACCCCCGACAGAUGGCCAUCCAGCCUCUGCUUCAAAGCCUCCAAAGAAGGAUGUCGUUUUCCUGCUUCUUGGCAGAACAGGGUUGGACUGGAUGGCCCAUGAGGUCUCUGUGAUUCUAAGGAGCCUCCACCACAGUCCUUGGCAGAGAGUUCCACUGGUGAACAGCCCUUCUCACAGUGAGGAAGUUCUUCCUGAUGUCCAGACGGAAUCUCCUUCCUUUCCUGUAGUUUGAAGCCCUUGUUCCCUUGUGUCCUAGUCUCCAGGGCAGCAGAAAACAAGCUUGCUCCCUCCUCCCUAUGACUUCCCCUCACAUAUUUGUACAUGGCUAUCAUGUCUCCUCUCCGCCUUCUCUUCCGCAGGCUAAACAUGCCCAGCUCUUUCAGCCGCUCCUCAUAGGGCUUGUUCUCCAGACCUUUGAUCAUUUUAGUCGCCCUCCUCUGGACAGAUUCCAGCUUGUCAACAUCUCCCUUCAACUGUGGUGCCCAGAAUUGGACACAGUGUGAUUCCAGGUAAAGUGGUUUGACCAAGGCAGAAUAGAGGGUUCUGUUCAACAUCUUUAUAAACGACUUAGACGAAGGGUCAGAAGGCACGAUCAUCAAGUUUGCAGACGACACCAAACUGGGAGGGAGAGCCAACACUCCAGAAGACAGGAGCAGAAUUCAAAACGAUCUUGACAGACUAGAGAGAUGAUUGGCCGAAACUAACAAAAUGAAGUUCAAUAGGGACAAAUGCAAGAUACUUCAUUUUGGCAGAAAAAAUGGAAAUCAAAGAUACAGAAUGGGGGACGAGGCCUGGCUUGACAGCAGUGUGUGCGAAAAAGACCUUGGAGUCCUCGUGGGGAGGAAGGGGAACAUGAGCCAGGAAUGUGAUGCAGCAGCUAAAAAAGCCAAUGGGAUUCUGGCCUGCAUCAAUAGGGGAAUAGCGUCUAGAUCCAGGGAAGUCCUGCUCCCCCUUAUUCUAUUCUGCCUUGGUCAGACCACACCUGGAAUCACACUGUGUCCAAUUUUGGGCACCGCAGUUGAAGGGAGAUGUUGACAAGCUGGAAAGCGUCCAGAGGAGGGCAACUAAAAUGAUCAAGUUUAGCCUGCAGAAGAGAAGGCUGAGACAUGAUAGCCAUGUACAAAUACGUGAAGGGAAGUCAUAGGGAGGAGGCAGGGCCGUAGCCAGAAAAACAUUUCGGGAGGAGUUUUGAAAAUUUCGGGGGGGGGGGGGGGGUUGAACCCCUAGCACACACCCCUCCCCACUACAAACCUGUCAAUAUCUGCUUGAAAUAGUGCCUGGAGGGACUCUUAAUGUUUUGUGUCUCAUAGACUUAGCAUGGGGAUUUGGUUAACCAGUUAAAAUUCAUGAGUAAACCAGGUUUUUUUAAUAACCUGAAAAAUUUGGGGGGGGGGGGGGGGGGGUUGAACUCCUAAACUCCCCCCCCCCCUCUACAGGCCUGGGAGGAGGGAACAAGAUUGUUUUCUGUUGCCCUGGAGACUAGGACGCAAGGGAACAAUGGCUUCAAACUACAGAAAAGGAGAUUCCACCUGAACCUCAGGAAGAACUUCCUCACUGUGAGAAGGGCUGUUCAGCAGUGGAACUCUCUGCCCUGGGCUGUGGUGGAGGCUCCUUCUUUGGAAGCUUUUAAACAGGCUGGAUGGCCAUCUGUUGGGGGUGCUUUGAAUGCGAUUUCCUGCUUCUUGGCAGAAUGGGGUUGGACUGGAUGGCCCACGAGGUCUCUUCCAACUCUACUAUUCUAUGAUUCUAGGGGCAGCAUGGCUUCUCUGGCUCUAAUUGGAGAUGUGGCCAAAGGCGGGGCUUUUGUGCAAAUGAUGCAAAAUAUAUUGCAAAACUUUGGCACAAAACUUUGGUGAUUCCCCAUUUCAGAGGCUGGUAGUAAACAAAGCUGAAAGAACGUGAUGCCGGAUAUUUGAGGUUUCUCAAAGACCCGCGGAUGCCGAGGGACUCCUGCCUGGCAAGCUUCGCUAACCGCCGAUGUUUCGGAUCAGGAAUCGGGACUGUCACCAGGUUGAAGGCAAAAGACUGGCACUUAUUCAGUCUGCACAGAAGGGACACUUGUACAGCAAAAAAAGCAGUAAAUUAUUGUAAAAUGGUCCAUGCAACCUGUCAACAGAUUAUUAAAACCAAAAUACAAUUAAAACGGGAGUACUUUCUGCUAAGUAUGACUGAAGAAGAAGAAGAGCAGUGGGAUAGAAAUAAAGAUAAUCUAUUCGUUUAUCUAACUACGGCAGCGAGAAUGGCAUAUGCUAAAUUAUGGAAACAAGCAAAAAUCCCAACUCAGGAUGAUUGGCUAGAUAAAGUAAUUGAAAUUAUGGAUAUGGAUAGGCUAACAUGCCUAUUGGGAAAAAAAACACAGGAGGAUAUAUUAAAACCACAGACUGGAGACCUUUUAUAGAAUACAUGAAAAUGUAAAGGAAGAAGAAAGACUUCUUUCUUCUUCUUUCUUCUUGGAGGCGGCAAUGACAAGGCCAGGGAGUAUCUGGAAUGACUCAAGAGGUUGCCCAAGAGGUUAUAAGUUCAUGUAAUAAUCAUAAUGCUUUAUUUACGGCCCACCCUAUCUCCCCGAAGAGACUCAGGGCGGCUUACAGCAAAGUAAAACACAUUGGCAGACAUUUAAUGCCGAAGUUACAAAUAACAAGUCAAAAAACAGCCUAAAUAACAAGACAUAAUACAUUCACACCUUUAACAAUCGGUGGUUCUCAACUUGUAGGUCCCUCCCCAGGUGUUUUGACCUACAACUCCCAGAAAUCCCAGCCAGUUGACCAGCUCUUAGGAUUUUUGGGAGCUGGAGGCCAAAAACAUCUGGGGACCCACAGGUUGAGAACGACUGCUUUAAAUCCUUUAAAACUCUUAAAAUUCGACUAAAAUUGUUGGGGCUAAGCUGGUACGGAGCCUCCGGUGGCUCAGUGUGUUAAAGCGCUGAGCUGCUGAACUUGCAGACCGAAAGAUCCCAGGUUCAAAUCCGGGAAGCGGAGUGAGCGCCUGCUGUUAGCUCCAGUUUCCGCCAACCUAGGAGUUCGAAAACAUGCCAAUGUGAGUAGAUCAAUAGGAAGGUAAGGUAACGGCGCUCCACGCACUCUUGCCAGCCACAUGACCUUGGAGAUAUCUACGGACAACGCCGGCUCUUCGGCUUAGAAAUGGAGAUGAGCACCAACCCCCGGAAUCAAACAUGACUGGACUUAACGUCAGAGGAAAACCUUUACCUACCUUUACCUCUCACCUGGAACAAUUAUCCUGAGUCCAGUUCUGGGCAAGUCGAGUCAAGAAGGAAGCGGACAAGAUGGAAGAGGAGGGCAACCAAAAUGAUCCAAGGCUUGGAAGGCCAAGAAUCCCUCUGAGGGAUCUGGAGAUGUUUAGCCUGGAGACGAAGAGGCUGAGAGAAGGGACAUGAGCCAAGUUGAAAUGCUUGAAGGAAGGAUCAAGCUUGUUUUCUGCUGCUCCGGAGAAUGGGGCUCAACCGAGCAAGGGGUUCAAGCUCUGCAAGAAAAUAGAUUCCACCUGAACAAGAAGAAGAAGAAGAAGAAGAAGAAGAAGAAGAAGAAGAAGGAAGAAGAAGAAGGAAGAAGAAGAAGGAAGAAGAAGAAGAAGAAGAAGAAGAAGAAGAAGAAGAAGAAGAAGAAGAAGAAGAAGGGGAGGAGGAGGAGGAGGCUGCGUGGCUCAGAGCGGGGCCAGCUGCCCCCGUCCCACACCCUUUCCUCGGUCUGCAGAGAAGAGGAAGCCCUUCAGAAGGAGAAGCAGCAGCCAGAGGAAGAAAGAAAGAAAGACAGAGUGCUUCCUCCUUCUCUUCUGGUUGGAGGGAGGCUGCAGGAGGCAAGAUGGGUCCGGUUCUGGCUCCGUCCGCCCUCCUGGCCCUUGUCCUGAUGCUGCUGGUGCCAGGCUCAGCCAGGGGAGAGCCAGGCCAGGAAGAGCCCUUCCCAGGAUGCCAAGAGAUCAAGACCUGGGACGGCCGCCUGGACUGGACACCUCGGGCCUUGACCUUUGCCCUCGGAGAGACCCUGAGCCUGACCUGCGCAGAAGGGUUCCGUCCUGUUCCGGAGAGUGUCCGUUGUGUUGAAAAGACUAACAGGUUUGGCUGGAACGUCACACCCGUUUGCCAGGCAGAAGAGGGGUCAAGUGUCCCCCCUCCUUGGACCAGCCCUGAGCCAGGCCCCCCACUGACCACUCCGGGAGGGUCUUGCUCGAGGGCAGAGUGGCCCCCCUCCAUCUCUGCUGUCGAACCAUAUAACAAAGAGACCUUUGCCAUUGGUGAAUGGGUCUGGGUGAGCUGUCGCUCAGAGCAAUACGCUGGACGCAGAAGCUGGAUCGUGUGCCUCAAGAAGGACGGCCACCCCGAAUGGGACACCAGUGGCCUCCAAUGCGUUGAGAAGCCCCGGGUUUCCAAGGAAGAUCUCCAGGCCUCGGCCUCCAGCAUCAGGCUCAGAUGGGGCUGCAGCCCCCCAGGACCCUGUCCGGGAUGGACCUUCCAGGGCUCCUGCCGACUGACCAGACGACCACAUGAGUCCUGCAAGAGACACGGAGGGAGACGGCUGAGCACAAGCACACAGAACCAGACCUUACACUGUGAUGGCUUGGAUCCUUCUUCUUCAUAUCACGUCAUUGUCUAUGGAGUCCAUGCAAAGGAAGGCAGACAACUCUUGUAUGAGGAAGACAUCCUGAUGCAAGACGGAGUCCCAGAUGCGCCAGAGAGAGAAUCCCUGGACCUGUCUUCCAGGGUCCUGAGGUGGAGGCCUCCCUCUCCCUGCAAAGGGGCCAUUCUGGGCUACCAGGUGAACAUCACCGGGAGGAGAGCCUACAACACCACGUUCCUGGAGGAGGAGCAAGUGCACGUCAAUGCUUCCAGGACGGAGUUCCAGAAGGAGCCCUGGAGGCCCGGCACCAACUACACAGUCACCGUCCAGGCCUUGACCGCUGCGGGGCCCGGACAGGAGCUGCGCUGGGAGAUGGAGACUGGCAUCGCAGAGCCGUUCAUUCCCCCCGGCGCCAGGGCCCUGGAGGUGCACAACAUCUCAGCCUCGGACGGGACCGUCUUCCUGCGCCUGGAGCCCCUCCCGGACCUCCACGGACCCAUCAGGGAGUACCAGCUCUUUGUGGCCCCCCACCCGGAGCCGGCCCCCAACGCCAGCGCCUGCCCCUCCCUGCAGCUCCGGCCCUUUGACCCCAUGGACAACGAGACCUAUGCUGCCGCCGUGAUCCCGGCUUCCAACCUGACGAGGCCGAUGGGCUUUGUGGUCGGAGACGGGCAGGACCGGCACGGCCUCUUCAAUGCUCCUCUGCACGAGGGCAGGAACUACACCGUCCUCCUCCGAGUGGUCAGUCGCUGGAACCAGGAGGAGACCUCCAGCUGCGUUGCCUAUGACUUCACCAUGAAAGAUGCCCAGCCGGACAGGGGAGAAGUGCCCCUCAUUGUGAUCUCCGUCCAGCUGGCCCUGGUCCUGGCCGCACUGCUGCUGCUGCUACUCGACCUCCUGGUGACCAGGACUCCAAGCAUCUUAUGAGAGUAUGACCGGGCAAAGCACAUACGGAGAAAGGGACUUCAGGGCAGAGCCAAAGAAUGAAAGAAGCAAUUUAGAGAAAAUAUGCCUUCUGGGAACAGAAGGACGUGAAGGAUCAUCCCCUAAAUCCAAUAUUUGUCUUGGAGAACCGUGAAGCUGUAGUUGUCCUUCAGCUCCAUGCAUUCUUGGAGGACACUUGCUUCCUUGACCCAUUUCAAACCAGCUUCAGAGCAGGAUACGGAGUUGAGACUGCUCUGGUCACCUUUGUGAGUGAUCUUCAUCUUAACACUGACAAGGGGUGUGUGCAUCUAGACCACUCAGUAGCUUUUGAUGCCAUCAACCAGGGUCUCCUUCUGGAACACCUGAAAGGGUGUUGGGAAUCGGAAACGCUGUGCUGCCGUGGUUCUGACAUGGAUAACUAGGACUGCGGAUAAAGAGGAUCCAUGCCCGGCAAGCACAAGCUAAACCAAAUGGGCCAGGACAAAGAAACCCUCACCUGGUUGAAUGGCUAAAAAGGAGAGAAGCAUAAGUGAAUGCUUCAAAAUGAACAAGCAUAAACAUACAAAUGAUACUUCUUAUACACAUGACAGCUCUUCAAAACUCCCGCUCCCUUCCCUGAUUGGUUGAGAGAGGGGGGCCGGUCUGGAUCCGUGCCCUGAUUGGCUGAGGGUGCUGCUGACAUUGACAGCUCCAGACGGGGAUUCCCUUUCACAGAGAAAUGUCAAUAGUCAAAUAUUCACCGGCCGGGAACCAAUCAGUUGAAAUAAUAUUGAGCCUUGAUGAGGUCCGCUGUCCAGUUCUGACCUUAUCAAAGGUGCAAGGCUCUGGAGACAAAAGGUGAUGAUCUCGGAGAUCAAGGGUUGGGUUUUAAAUAAAAAGGUUUCACAAA